CCGUGCCCAGCUCGGCAGCCACACCUCGCCCACAGGCUUCCCCGCCCGCGCCCAGUUUGGCGAGCCCGCGCUAGACAGGAGGCUGGCUUGCAGAGAAGUCGGGGGAGAGAGAGAAAGAGAGAGAGAGAAACUCGACGUUUCCCCCCUUCGAAAGAGGGGCAUCCCGCCGUUGCCAUGGAGUCGUCCAACGCCUCCAAGGGGUGCAUGGACCAGUUUUCCAGCUUCAUCCGCUCCCUAAGGGGAAUUCUCCUUGCCGUGGAAAUAAUUGCAUGUAUCGUCGUCCUUAUCUGCUAUGGGGCAUCCAGGGUACCUGGCUACUCAGGUUUGGCAGUCUUCAUGAUGAUUUACUGCAUCGUCCUGUUUAUCAUCUUCAUGUGUUCAUUACACCUCCAGAUAACUUUCAUCCACUGGGGAUGGACGAAUUUUAUCCGGGCUGUUAUCGGAGCCGUGGCCUUCAUCGUCACAGCCAUCAUUGUCCUUGUUGGCCGCACAGAUGGAGCAGCCAUAGCUGCUGGGGUGCUUGAAAUUCUGACCGGAAUCCUCUUUGGCUAUGAUGCAUACACCAUCUUGCCUAGUCUCAGGAAAGCCCAUACAGCAGCUCCCUCCGAGCCUAGAGAAGGGAUUUGAAGACACUGUCCCUCUUUCACCUCAAGACAAACCACCGCACUGGACGCAUUCCCUAUUGCCUUCUACAGGAUCUGUCCCCAAGAGACCACCUCCCUCUAUCAAUUUGGCAACAUCAUAGCCUCUUUUCCUUGGGUGCCCAGUAGGACUGAUGAUCCUCUGAGUUAGCAGGUCCUUUCCCCUUAUCUCCACUUGUGGUCCUCCUCUUUCUGAAACUAUUCCAGCUGUGGAAAAGAAGGGCAGUUCUGGAAUUCUUCAGAGAAAUAGCAGAGCCCCAGUUAAGUUGGAUUUCACAGGUGUGUGACUAUGGAUUACCUUGCAUCAGAUUCGGGAAUAAUUCCAUUUACUCUCUGGUUGAGAUGGAAAGAAAAUAGGGCCUUUACAUUUUAUUCCUAUUUGCAGAAAACAACACUGGAGUAGAAGGGGGCCCAUUGGGUCUUCUCUUCUGGGGGUCUGUUUGCCUUGUUUUAAAGAGGAAAGUAGACCAGAAUCUGAGUGCUUGCAUCCAGAUUUUCUAGAUAAUAGGUCACUGUUUUGAAAUCUAGUAAAUAGGACUUUAAAGAAAGUUUGUAACUUUUGAAGAGUCCGAGUUCCACCCCAUGAAAGGAUGUUUGAAAUUUCAUUAAGCUAUCUUAAAUGCCCAUUUAUGAUAAAGGCAAUUUAAUAUUUUUUUAAAAUAAAGCAAAAGGCUUCCUAUGUUGGUAACUUUUCCUAUGCCAUUUAUUUCUUCCCCUAACUUUAUCCCUCUUAGGGAACUUCAUGUUUUAAAAAAGGCAUUAGGUUAUGGAGCAGGGUUGUGUGUGUGCAGUCAUUGUGAGCAAGCAGGAAAGGUGUGAGUUUGAGUGGUCAACAGCUAUUGAAACCUUCCGAGUAAGGAAAAGUUUUCUCAAUUAGAUUUCCAGGCUCAGAGGUAAGAUUCUAGUGCCAUGCAGAGUUCGUUACCCUGCCCUAUUUUGCAGGUUAUUUUUUUUUAAUAAAAAUAGUAAAUAUAUCAAACUUUUAUAUAAAAUAUGCAAAUUCAUAUACUUGAUAAAGGACAUUUUCCCCCCGCCCCCAAAAGAAGAGAACUUGGGUUACCUUGGUGCUGAUUUCUGGGUAUUUUUUAAUUAUUAUUUUGGUGUAGUGCAGAAUGCACACAGCCUUGGCUUGGGGCUCAGUGAUAUAUUAGGAGACACGCAACGGGCCUGAUUUUCUUCUCGGGAAUGAGGGGGCUAUCCCAUUGCCUUAAGCUUAGAACGCUUUUCUCAUCUGCACGGUGGGGGAGGCAGAAGAGAAAGGAGAAUGUCUACUGCCAUCUCUCAUCCAAUUCUCUCCUUCUGUUGGCCCUCAGGCAGCUUGACUCUAUUUUGUGCUUGCUGGAGAAAUAAAAUAGUUUUAAAUGCAAAUAAACUAUAUCUGAAUUGGUA